AAGCGAUUCACACUGAUUACAAACACGGAAACAGCAAGUGGACGUCAGCGUUGCAUGAGUGCUGGAUUCAUAGUUUUUGUAAAUAUAAUUUAUUAGCUUGAUUGCACAGGUAGGCUAUCUGUACAGAAGCACAUCUCAUUUUUCGCUUUUUCAGUCUAUGGAUUUUCUGCAGCUGCUAUCAUGUGCGUGCAUCAUAUUCACCGUCGGGAUGUUCACGACGGGAUUGACAGACUUAAAGAAAAUGAAGGCCACACAGUGUGCAGAUAAUGUUCAGUUUCUGCCCUUCCUUACCACAUGCUUAAAUAAUCUAGGUUGGCUUUACUAUGGAUUACUAAAGGGAGAUGGUACGGUGAUUUCUGUAAACAUCAUUGGGGCCUCUUUACAGACCUUAUACAUCAUCACCUACUGUCAUUAUACCAAAGAGAAGAGGCGAGUCUACUCACAGACGCUGGUGAUGGGGAUUGUGUUGUGUGUGGGAUGGGUGUAUUUUACUAUGGUGAUUCCUGCUGGAGAAACUCAACUCUCUCAGCUGGGCCUCGCCUGCAGUGUGUUCACCAUCAGCAUGUACCUCUCUCCGCUCGCUGAUCUUUUGGAUAUCGUACGAACGAAGUCUGUGGAGCGCUUGUCUUUUUCCCUGACUGUUGCUACAUUCUUCACAUCCACAUCAUGGACGCUGUAUGGCCUUCAGCUCCAAGACUAUUAUAUCAUGGUACCCAACACCCCUGGCAUCUUUACUAGCCUUAUCCGCUUCUUCCUUUUCUGGCAAUUCGGAGCUAUCCUUUCAGACAAGCCCUCCUAUAAACUCAUCCAAAUCUGAGAGGGGAUUUACAUUAAGAUUUACAAUCUAAUUAAGUGCCUUUUCCACUUUCCUUUACCCAAGCCAGAAGAGCUUCUUGGUCUUUUUGACAUCAGACUGUCAUCAUACCUUAUAAACUCAAACAUCUAGUGAAACUGCCACUGUAGGAGGGGGUGAACUAUCCCUCAAAUAUAUAUAUAUAUAUGAGUAAAAAAAUAUAUAUAAUAUAAAACUUUAUUUCUGCUCACAAAUGUUUUUUCCAUGCAAUUUCAAAGAAUUGGGACUGGAGCUUUUACUGUUUAAAAAAGACACAAAAGCAGCAUCUAAAGAACUGUAGUAGUCAUCAUAUUCACAUAUGUUACAGGUUUUCUGAAGCCAUAAGUUAAGAUUUAUGUGACACAUUUUUAAGCCAUUAUUACCUGAAAAUCUUGUUCUUAGCUUUUUUUGGGGGGGGACCUGUUUCAUGAACGGACUGUUCUUUUGAAUGAUCUUUUAAUGAAUCUAAUGAUUCGUUUGAAUGAGUCAUUCUCAAAUAUGACUAAUCUGGUUCAAAGAUUAUCAGACAAUCUUAUGCGUUUUAGAUCUAUUUUAGGAUACUUUUAUGGCUUGAAAGGUUCCUGUACCCAUUCUUUGUAAAUGGAUGGAAAAUAAUUACUUUGUGCUUCCUGGAAGAGUCCUCAGAAUUUCCUGAAAGAAAAGAGUCAUACAGGUUUGUAAUGACCUGAGGAUGAGUAAAUAAUGACAGUACAAUAAUUUCUGGUGAAUUCUCUGAGUAACUAAUAAUUUUCACUUUUUCUCUUGGUUGAUCCUUAUAGGGAUAAGGAUGCUCUAAGUUUGUUUGGCAGGUAUUUCUUGGUUCAUAAGUGUUGUAAUCUGUAACGUAAACAUGACACACCCUGAACCAAGAGCUCAAACUUGUUUCCUGUUACAGCCCUUUCUUUUGAAAUCAUGUGUUCAUAUUUAGCAGGUGUGUUUUGUUUUUUUGUUUUUUUUAUCUUGGGUACAUACUCUUCAGAGUGUCCUUUAGGAAAGUGCCACAUUCUGUUACUUAAAGGGGUAGUUCACCCAAAAAUGAAAAUUCUGUCAUUUAUUACUCACACUCAUGCCGUUCCACACCCGUAAGACCUUCAUUAAUCUUCGGAACACAAAUUAAGAUAUUUUAGUUCAAAUCCUAGGCUCCGUGUGGCCUUCAUAGGGAGAAAUGUCACUUCCUCUGUCAAGAUCCAUAAAGGUAACUUACUAAAAACACAUCUAAAUCAGUUCAUGUGAGUACAGUCGUUCAAUAUUAAUAUUAUAAACCGACGAGAAUAUUUUUGGUGCGCCAAAAAAAAACAAAAUAACGACUUAUUUAGUGAUGGCCGAUUUCAAAACACUGCUUCAGGAAGCAUCAAAGCGUUAUGAAUCAGUGUAUCGAAUCAUGAAUCGGAUCGCGGUUCAAACCCGCCAAACGGCUGAAAUCACGUGACUUUGCCGCUCCGAACUGCAGAUUCGAUACACAGAUUCACUGUGUUCCGAAUUAUUCCUGAGCCAUCGGAUUUGAGCUAAAAUAUCUUAAUGUGUGUUCCGAAGAUUUAUGAAGGUCUUACGGGUGUGAAACGGCAUGAGGGUGAGUAAUAAAUGACAGAAUUUUCAUUUCUGGGUGAACUAACCCUUUAAGUAAUGAAUGUAGUGUUUACAGAAUCGUUCAUGAAUCAUAGACUUCUUUUUUUAUAAUAUCGUUCUUAAUUGUGUCCAAAUGGCAGUUUGGCAGCUAUUUAAUCAGCAUCCAACUUAAGUAACAAACCCCAAACAACAAACUUUGUGUAUAAAAACCUUCCUUUGUGUGGAAAAGAACAACAGAAACAGAGAAAAUUAGUUUGAGUGAAUGACGUUGGAUUAAGAAUAUCUGUCGCAGACAAAAAAGGGAAUCUUGCACAGCUCUUUUCAUGGUUCUUGUUUUGUAUUGGAACAAAAAGGUAUUUUUUUCUUGUCAUUGUUACUGUCAGAACAACAUACUUCACAAUAAGCCCAUAAAAACAAUUAAGUAAACAAUUUUACACAUUCCUCACCUUCAGAGAAUACCAAAGUCUCACAAAAUCUGAAGGCUUGAUUUAUGUGAGUUGAGGUGACCGGCACGACGGGGGAAGAAUAAUCAACAAAUUCACUGAAUUACAUAUUCAUAACUAAGAUGGUGAGAUUAAAUCUUAAGCAGUCAUUGGCUGUUAAUUUUGUUUUGCAUAUGCUAAACAGGUUUGAUUAGUGACCGAAACUCGAAUUGGGUCCUACUGUACAUCACUACAUUAUGGUACUUUAUUCACUGAAGUCUUUUUAAGUCUCCAGGACUUAAAGACUUUGUGAAUAAAAAUGGUUUUUAUGAUGAUUUAAAGCAUAUCAACUUGUUUUAUUGUAUUGUUUAUGGUUUCUGUGUUGUAUGAUUAUGUUCUGUGUUUUACAUUAAGCUUAAAUGUCUUUACGUUUCUUUGUACUAUUUUAUAUCCUAUGCAACAGUGUAUAUUAUAUCAGAGGGGAUUUAGAGGGAUGUUCUUUCUGAAGUGUUCUGGAAAAAAAAAAAGGCUCAAAUAAAUUUUUAUAUAACAUAA